UAAUUUUUUUACUUGGGUUUUCUUGUGUCUACAAAUUAUUCUCUUCUUCGAAUCGACAAUUUUUUGUUUGGUCAGAUUCUUGGAAUCGACAUUGGAAGGCACAACUUUUCAUGUUCUUGUUGGAACCCCAUCUUUAGGUUUCUGCUUCGAUUUUGCCUGGUGGACGGUUCCGUCUUCAUCUUUUAGCUCUACCCCAUCUCGACUCUUGCGAAUCCGUGUGCUCUCCGGAGUGGGAAUCUUGGGCUGGCAGAGGGAGACCUCGAAAGGGUACAAACCCCCUUUGGAAAUCUACACUCCCCGCCAAUCAAAGAUUCUGCAGGAGCUCUUCCUCAAACGCCCAGUGCCCAGAAGCCCCUUUUCUUGAAUCUUCGAGCCAUCGCGCGUGUGGCGCUUCCGGAAUCUCCAACGAGGGCUGGCAUGGAUUUCUGGUCUCCAUAAGCACCAGAGAAGAUGAUUUCUUUGAGGGAUUUUUGGCGGAGGCAUCGGAGAAAGAUUUUGUUUGGUGCUGGCAUUUUAGGUGGUGGAUACUUUCUGUAUAGGCUUUAUGAUGCUCGUAAGAAGCAGCUUUUGGAUCUUGAAAAGGUGUUGGCCGGUGAGCGCGAAAAUGAGGAACUCGUCAAGGCUCAUAUGCAAACCCAUUUCCAGAAUAUCCAAAGAAUAGCCAAUACAACUACCAUGCCUCAUUCAAUGCACUAUUUAAGUAGCCGGAUAGCGGAAGAGUUGGACUUGACGCACUUUACAGAAAGGUUAAUGAGAGGAAAGGGCCAACCCAACACGUUGACGUCUGCAGAGAAACUUGAAUUGUGGCAUCAACUGAAAAUUCUGAGUUUUACCAGAAUGUUGGUCUCACUUUGGGCAAUGACAAUACUCAGCUUGUACAUCAGAGUUCAAGUCAAUAUCCUGGGGAGACAUUUGUAUCUUGACACUGCUCGGGGCCUUGGAAGCUCUCAAUUACUCGACGAUGCUGAUCUCAUUGACAUGGAGGACCAGCAGAAGUUCCUUGCAAGCGCUGAUUUUCUCUCUAAUCAUGGCAUGCCAGCCUUGAUAUAUAAUUUGCAGGCAGCAGCCAGUGAAGUUCUCAAAGGGAAGCAAUUGAGAGAUUUCUUUGACAACGCGGCGCUGCAUGAAACAAUUAUACAAAUACUCGACACCUUCAUGAUCAUGGGAAGCCCCCAUCAGUGGGUGGGCUAUUUGAUGCCUGAGGACGCUAGAUUGUAUAAUAUCAGUAACACUUCCGGCAAUGAGGAUACAAUAGUCCCUGACUUUACCAAGUUUGACCAGCUAAUGGUGGAGGCUCAAACUGUGAUAUCAAGUACCGAAUUCGGGCGUGUAGUUGAUGUAUCGUUGAAAAUGGUUGCGCAUGCACUGGUCGAGGAAUUUGGACUUCAAGCCGGAGGAAGCAGUGCGACGUCAGGGAUACCACUAGCUAAACUCUUACCUCGAGUGGCGCAGAUGGGGUCUCUCCUUCUCGAAGAACCAAGCAAGAACCGUUUCAUCCAGAUAAUUAGGGACUCUCCGGAUGUUGAACUCUUCUUCACUCUUCUAUACACAAAUAUGCCGAAUUCAUAGAAAUGCAAGCGGGCAUAGUCUGUAGUUUAAAUUCAUCCACGAAAUGGACACUUGUUAUGUAAAAAGAAAAGAAAAACUCGAAAGGAGCUAGGUUUGGUAAUUUUUUUGGUUAGGUUUUGGACACUUUCGAGAGGAAUAAUGAGGAAAGAUGAGUGUUGGUUGGGUGCAUCAUUCAUGUGAUUCUUUUUCUCAAGUACUUAUGUUGUCCAGCAUAUUGAACUGGUAGAUUGUGCAAUCAGAUGUACUGAUGUUGCGGUGCUGACUCUUCCUAAGAUGAAAUUUGGUGGUGGAGGUAAACUUUGAUCAAA